AUGACACUUAUAACAGCUGCUCACUUGGCUUUCACUUUUGGCAUUCUUGGAAACGUCGUGUCGUUCAUGGUGUACAUGGCGCCAGUGCCUACAUUUUACAAGAUUUAUAAGAGAAAAUCGUCAGAAGGAUAUCAGUCAAUUCCUUAUUCAGUUGCCUUAUUUAGUGCGAUGUUGUAUUUGUAUUAUGCUUAUCUGAAGAAGCAUGUGCUUUUGCUUAUAACCAUAAACAGUUUUGGAUGUGUCAUGGAAUUAGGUUUUCUGACCAUCUUCAUGGUAUAUGCAACACAUGAAUCAAAGAUUUACACCGCAAAGAUUCUCUUCCUAUUCAACAUAGUAGGACUGGGAUUGAUCAUUGGAUGCACAUACGCUCUAUCAAAAGGGCGUGAGAGAGUGACAAUUGUUGGAUGGAUAUGUUCGGUUUUUUCUCUCUGUGUUUUUGCAGCUCCUCUUAGUAUUAUGAGGCGAGUGAUAAAGACAAAGAGUGUUGAAUACAUGCCACUUAAUCUCUCAGUUUUCCUCACACUAUGUGCUGUCGUAUGGUUCUUCUAUGGUCUUUUCAUCAAGGAUUUCUACAUAGCGGCUCCAAAUGUUGUUGGAUUUUUAUUCGGAAUCGCGCAGAUUAUUUUAUAUUUCAUCUACAGGAACAAAAAAAAGGAAAAUAUUCUACCGGAAAAUAAGCUGCAUGAUAUAUCGACUAACGGAGACUGGAAUUCCCGAGAUCACAUGCAGAACUCAUCAACGGUGGAGAUUGCAGACGUAACUAAUCACAAUCAUGGACAAGCCCACAGAGGAACAAACUAG